AUGAAGUGCCGAGCCCCGCCAACGAAUGAACAAUCACGAGGCCCACGGGCUGACUCGCCCGACUGGGACGAGAUCCUCGACAAUGCCGAGCUGCAGAGGGAAAUGGCCGGGGAGAGCGUCGCAGCUGACCUGAGCGACGACACACUAUUCGAUGACAAUGAACUGGAGACACUACUGACCGGCGAGACGGUCGAGCCGCUCGAGGGCGUCGGAGAUGCAUACGUGUUAGCGACAAGUGACCUCGACUUUGACUCGGACGAGCUCGACAAGCCCGCCGCUUCCGUGGACCCCGUCGUGCCCAAGGCGUUUUCCAUCCGGGAGGCGCUCGGCGCCACACGGCCCGUCGACCUAUACGCGCGCGUGCUGCACUCGGCGCGCGACAACUUUGCCCGGCGGCAGCACUUCCAGUUCGGUGACCUCUUCGGCGGCCCCGCGCUCCUCGCCGGCACGCUCGCCCACUAG